GGUCCAGCCAUUUUCUACACUUAUUGCAUACCGUACUUUAAACAUGGCGACUGGAAGCACUGUUGAAUCGAAUGUGAUUAUUGAAUGACACGCAUUAAUUACUGAUAUUUCGUUUUCUUUUUUAUCUGCAUUAUUCCAUUAUCUUGUAAAAACACUGGACAAACGAUAGGAUAUCUUCAAACAGUCGCUGGAAUGCAAAAGGUAGAAAGUAAAUGGAGAUGUCGACUAAAAACAAUGAUACCUCAAGCACUUCCGGUCCCGAAGUAGCUCCAACUGUGUCAGAAAGUAACAGUGUGUCCAGGUCUGAACCCCCAGCCAAUGGUGUGGAACCCACCGAUAUCAGCUGGCCGGUAGAGGACAAGAAUCCUUUCAGUGGAUUUUCUGAGGAGCACCUUAGCAAACUGGACGAAUUUCUCUCAUCAGAAGAGGCUAAGAAAAUCCUACAGCAGACGACAGAGGGUGAUUUCUCCAGCACAAUGGCUGAACUCGAAUCAGCACCACCAUCUGAUGCUGACCAAGUCUUGGGAGAAGACAUCCUGAAAAUGCUAGAUAAUGGAAAUAUGCAUUCCACCAACUUGGAUCAUCCGUACUGUGUGAAAGUGCCCAAGAUGAACAUUUCAAAUGUAGUGAUAACUAACUCUAAGGUAGUGGUUGUGGCAAAUCCGGGAGCACAGUCGCCUGUGGUGCCCUCUCUCACUGCAGACACCACAGAAACCACCACCACCCCCAUCACUUCCCCGAGGAAGUCGGCCAGAAUUUCUCUCCGACGAGAACCAGAGGGAGACACAAAAGCAGAGAGCGAGGGAGGAUCUCCUAGUACAGGGUUUGUUGGAGCAGUGCACCCUGGGAUUGUUCAGCCAGGAUUUGUGGGAGCAGUGCAUCCUGGGAUUGUUCAGCCUGAGCAUGCUGGUGUAGGGAGAGGAAGGGGUCGUGGCAGGAAAAGCCUAAUUCCUGAAGAAACACAGACCAAUAUCAGGAGGUCGAGUCGCGUCAGUGAUAAGGAGCAGAGAGACCUGGCAGAGAAGAUUAGACAAGAGAAUCUACUCCAGGAGAAGGCAGCAUUAGAAGCUCUGAAAAAGCAGGACAAGCCAGAACAGGAGGAGGAGCCUGCUAAGACUGUACCAAGAAGAGGAAGGCCCCCGAAGACUGAGCCUCUAGACACACCCGAAUCGGCACCCAGAGGAAUCAAAGCCUCUGUAGCAAAGAAAAAGAGGGGAAAGAAGUCUCAAGAUGAAUCUCAGAAUGAGGAAGAGAGCAGUGAAGAAGAAAGCCUUACUCCUAAAGGACAGAGAAAUUCUCCAAGAACCUCAGCCAGAACUACGAAGGGGAAGAAAGGGAAAAGGGGUGAGGAGGAACUGGAAGAAUCUUCAGCAACUGACACAGAAAAGAAGGGGGCAGGGAAAAACAAGGAAGAUUCGGAACUGGAAGAAACUCCAGUGAGGAGGAGUGGAAGACGGAAGAAGGAGAUGACGGACAGUGAAAGUGAGUCACCAAAGGAUUCGGGGAAGAGGCUGACGAGGAGUGGACUGAAGGAGUCCUCUGAUGCAGACGCUUCCCCUCCAAAGGGGAAGAAAGGGGGAAAGAAGGGGAAGGGGAAAAAAGAAGAUGUGAAGGAGGAUGAGAGUGGAAAGGGGAAGAAGAAAGGCAAAGGGAAAAAGGUGGAAGAUUCAGAAAGUGAAGAUGAUGUACCACUCCAGGAUAUUAAAAAGAAAGCAAGUCCAAAUGAACAGUUACCAAAAAAGAAAGGUAAAGGAAAGGAGGAAGAUGACGGAAAGUCGGACCAUGUCCAGAAAGCUUCAGCCCUGCAAACUCCGGUGCGAAAAUUAACUCAAGAUAAAAACUCCGAUGACUCUCCAAGGAGCAUUUUUAAAAUGUUUGAAAGCGGAUUGAUUCAGGAGGAUCAACAGGUGACCACAGAAACCGACCAACCUGCUGUGUCUUCUUUAGUGACUGAGGUUCUAGAACUACCCAUUACCUCUGGGAAGAAAUCAGAAGAAGAUGAAGGCCUUCCUUUAUCAGAUCCUGGCACGACUGGACAGAGUGAUCAAAUAAGUGUAAUUGUUUCUAAAGAUUCUGACCAAGUGAUAGUGGAGUGUGAAGCCAAAGUGGAGGAAGUUAAUUAUGAGGAUUUCAUUACAGCAAUAGGAGAGCCCAAAGUGAUAGCAAAAAAAGAAACCGUGGAGGGUGAAACGAAGCCCGCGAAACCUGUGAAAAAGAAAACAAAGAAGUCAGAAGAAAUCAAGGUGGAUCAGAGUAUGCUGGAUUUGUUCAAACCUGAUGUUGAUGUGUCUAGCAAGAAAAAGGGUGGUGUUGGUGGGAAGAAGGGUGCCCCUUCAGCUCCAGAUCCUGCUAAAUUAGGGGAAAAGCCAGGUGACACCAAGCAAAAGUUGACAGAAUUUGAAAAAGUUUCCUGUCACAAAUCCUCAGAUCCUGGCAAAUCAGUGAAAGUGACCGGGGGUGAAAAGACUAGAAAAGAUUCAGAGAAGGAAACAUCACCUCAUGGAAGGAUUCGUCGAGAUUCUGAAAAGGAUAAGAUAAAGAAGGAUGUCAAGAAAAGUGAGACUCAUGAUAAAUCUGAGAAAGAUAAGCAAGAUAGAAGUGAAAGUGACGUAAAACAUGAUAAAAAGGGAGCUAAGGAUGUGAAAGUUAAGGUAGGUAAGGAAAGGAAGAAAGUGAAAUCUGAUCAAGAAUCCGACGUAGUGGAGAAGGCUUCCACAAAGAAUGAAAAUUCAAUAACCAUGACAACUGAAGACACAGAGAAAACUGAACAAAAACAAUUAAAAACAGAUACGAAAGAGGAGAAGGUUAACAAAGAAAGUGAGAGUGUGGAGGUGAAAGAUUCUGAAUUGGAAAGUGAAAGCAGAAGUAUAGGCAUAGAAAAGAAAGAAGUGAUAGGAAGUGAGAUGUCGGAAAGUGAAGUGAAAGUAGAAAACAAGGAGGACACAAAAUCAGAAAGCGCGAUUAUCCCUGAGGAUAAAAGUGAUGUUCACGACAAGAAAGAAACCAGCAAAGAAAAGGUCAAAGAAAAGUUGGAAAAAGAAGAAACAGUUUCUCAAAGUUCUAAGAAAGCAGAGGAGAACGAUGGGAAAGAACAUGAAGAAGUGAAGGUCACUCCAGGAAGCAGGGGUCAAAGAAAAGCUAAACUGAAGUUCCUGAAGGAAAAACUGCCAGAAAUGACUGAAAAAGAGAAAAGACCAAAGAAGAAGAAACUAGUUAAAGACAAAAAACCAGCUGUGGAGGUAGAGGGAAAAGAAAUGGACAGUGAUGAGAGUGACGAGCUGGUUUUUAAGGACGAUGAAAAUGACUCUGACUAUGAGGCACCAAAUCAAAAGUACUGCAUAUGUAAACAGCCUUAUGGCAAAAGGUUUAUGAUAUGUUGCGACUCUUGUGAGAACUGGUAUCAUGGUUCGUGUGUUGGCAUUACGAAAGCGAAGGGCAAGGAAAUGGACAAGAACAACGAAGAGUACAUGUGCCCCCCAUGUAAAGAGAAGCAGACGUCUGGUAAAGGGAAGACAAUUCAACAUGCAGAUAGCACAGUGUCUAGUGAUAAAGAGGAGAAGCAGAGGAAGAUGUCUAAAGGAGACAGACCAGGAAGUGCGGAUAAGAGAAAGGAAGGGGAGCCGGAAAAACACGGAAAGGGAGAGCACCAGGAGAAAUCGGGGAGGAAAAACUCAGAAAGGUCAGAUGGGGAGAAGUCCAAGAGGAAGACGGAGCAUCACGCAGAGACGCCUCACAAAAAGAAGAAGGAGGAUAAAUCCAAUGGAAGCAGUCCUUUCACAAAAGUUCGACCUGGUGAUGAAAAAAGAAAACAUUCUCUUGACUCGAGAACAUCAGAAUCGCACUCCAAGAACAGGCACGACAGAGAGAGAUCUCAUUCUGUGUCUAAAGAACGAAGACGUGGGGAUUCCACCUCAGGAAAAGACGUGACCUCUCAGAGAUGUGUGAAUUCUAACUGUAACAAGUACGCUAAGCAAGAAUCUGUAUAUUGCUGCACAGACUGCAUUCACCAGCACGCCAAAGACUCCCUCAGAGUUCUCAACAGAUACGACGCAAAACGGGGCAAAACACAUGGUCCCCUCUGGCGUGUUCCUGUCAGAGAGAGGAAGACUGGACGGACUUAUACGGGAUCCAGUGCCCCACUUGAGAGUGUUCUGGUCACCUGGUUGUUACAGCACCCCACAUUUGAAGUGUUACGACCCAAACUCUCCAGCACUGGCGGAAAUCAUGAUAAAUCUAGAGAUUCUCACCACAAGGAGAAAUCUAAACAUCACAAGUCCCCCUCCCAUCAUGACAGCAAGGACAGGCAUGGCGACAGCAAAGAUAAACCUAGCUAUCGAGGACCAGCCCUAGACAAGGUGUCAGAGGAGGCAAAAGGCAAGAAAGAGGACGGGCCAGACGUCGUCCGACUCAAUGUCAGGAAGUCCCUCAGAGAUGGACUCCUAAACAGGGCUGAGGGAGCCGAUGAUGUCAUGUUGUCCACCAUUGAGAUAAGAACGAUAGCCCUGAAGAUCGAGGAGGAACUAUAUUCAGUGUUCCAGGAGACGAGCCAUAAAUACAAAGCCAAAUACCGAACUCUCAUCUUCAACAUCAAGGACUCCAGAAACCAGGGUCUGUUUCGUAAGAUUCUGAAUGGCCACAUCAAGCCAAGUGACUUGGUGAAGAUGUCUCCAGAUGAGCUGGCCUCAAAGGAAUUAGCAAGAUGGAGAGAAUUCGAAACAAAACAUCAACUGGAGAUGAUCGAGGCUGUUGAGAAGGAACACAUGCUUGAGGGGCAACACAUUGUGAAGAAAACACAUAAAGGAGAAAUCGAUAUGGAUGAAGAUCUCAGCACUUUAGAAGAUAAAGGAGUAGGAAGAGAGAAGAAAGUCGACAUGUCUCAAGAAGAAGAGGCUAAUGUGGAGUCUUCGGACGUUACCAUGGAUACCACUGGUCAGCACAAGCUACACGUGUUUGACCUCAAUUGUAGGAUCUGUACGGGGAAAGUCGCACCACCAGUUGAGGAGUUGACGCCUAAAAAGGAGGUGAUGGUGGCCAAACAGGUGGCAGAAUCGCCCAAGAAAACAAAGGAGAAACAGCAGCACAAGAAAUCUGAGGAGGAGCAGAAGAAAGCGGAGCUUGUGGUGAAGGAAGUCCUAAAGGCCAUCCAGAAGGCCAAGGCAGAAGUUCCGCUGGCCGAUUCCACGGUCACCGUCAGGUCUCCAGAUUCCGCCUUGCAGUCGGGCCUAGAGAAACCAAAGUUUACUCCAUCAGGGCCCCAGUUGUGGAAGGGUUUUAUCCAGAUGCAGGAUGUUGCCAAGUUUGUGACCACUGCCUAUGCUGUGUCAGGACCUGCAGCCAAACUGGAUUUACCAGACACGAUCCAUGUGUGUGGAAGGAUCGGGCCGGAACAGAUCUGGGAUUAUUUGGCAAAGAUGAAGAAGAUAGGAUCAAAAGACAUUGUGAUCAUGAGGUUCAUUCCCGGCGGAGAUGAGGAGAAAACUCACUACAUCAACCUGUACUCCUACCUGAACAGCCGAGCCAGGUGUGGCGUGGUGGGAAACAAGGCUAAACACAUCAAAGAUUUCUACAUCCUCCCGUUGGCUUCCCACAGUCAAAUUCCAUCAGUACUCAUGCCGUUUGAUGGCCCAGGACUUGAGGAUAAUCGACCCCAUAUGCUAUUAGCAGUCAUCGUCAAACAAAAACAGAAACGUCACAGUGACCAUGAUCAUCGCCAUGACAGCAAGAAAUCCAAACAUGAUUACGAACAUCAUCGCAGUAAAAGCAGCACGAGUAAAGCAUACGUUCCCCCCAGCUCCAAAAGUUCAUCGAAAGAUUUGUCCAGACCUACUAAUAAGUCACAAUAUGAUUCUUCAUCAUCUGAAACAAGUACCCCAGCAUCAGGGGGUGGCACUCCUAAAGUUCCCCCCGUUCCUGGAGCCUCGAUGGAGAAAAGUGACCCCAUCAUAAAGGCGUACGGAAAAGGGGCGGGACUUGUUGAUGAUGAUCACGAGCAAGAGAGUAGAACAUCCCCAGAUGAUAUCCCGUAUGAUCCGGAGGACGACUCUCAACUUCCCUACAAGAAAGUCAAGAUGGAGCGACAUGACACCCCCGAAGAAAAACCCCUGCCAACAUCUGUGGCAGACCUGAUAGCCAGGAUUUCAAAGUGCAAUACCCCUACAGAGUCCACCUCUCUAACUGUGGCAGCUCUGUCCACGCUCAAGUCAACGCAGGAAAAAAGGCGGUUCCUUCUGGAUCUUACUUCCAAGGUGGAGGAACAAAAGAAACUGUUAGAGAAAAAGCAAGUGGCCAAAUUAACCGCCAGAACUUUAGUGUCUGCUAUUUAUGCCAUCAGUGCUGCGUCUAAAGCCUUGGUUCCAACAGCCAAAGCUGCUGCUACCAAAACAAAUUCUCCAACUGUGUCACAAACUUCAACCUCCACUGCUGAAUCUCCAACAGUGUCCAAGCCGGCUACUGUGACACAGACAUCUAGCGAGGAAGACAGUGUGAUGGUCUCCUCGAGUUCAGACUCGACUCAGACUACCAGUACAGUCAAAGAGACAAAAUCUGUUUCAUUUUCUUCUGAAGUGACAGUGACUCGCGUGGCACCGGUGGAAUAUCCUGCAGAGGAGUUAAAUUCAGGCCAGGAUGUAGACAUGAGGAUAGGCACCCAGCCACCUCUGUCUAGUAACCCCAGUGGAGAAAGUAGUGCAGCUUCAAUAGCAAGUGUGACUCCACCAAACUUUUACCUGGAGAACUCUGCCCUAACAAAGCAGGGCACUCCGGCUGAAGAAGCUAGUAAACCCAUGAAUCCAUCGGAGAUGCCCGAGGCUCUAAAAUCUCUAUUCUCGAUAAUUCCUAGUGUGAACUACAGUUACAUGAGCAACAUUAAGGACAAAAAUGAAAAGGACACAAAUGACCCUAACAAGAUAGAAACCUUCCCCACCUCUUCUGGGCAAUCCACAGUCAUGCAGAAAGAGGAAAAACUGGAGGAGAGUUUGACAAAGGAAAAGAAUAUGUUUAAUGUGUCUCUGUUGGACUUUGACUAUGGGGACUCCGACAGUGAUGGUGAAGAGUCCACAAAAACUCCACAGAGAAAACAAGGGGACGUAAAACGGGACAGCCUCAGUGUUUCUGUGGACGAGAGCAAUACAGAAGAAAAAUCUAGGACAGAAUCUAUAGGUGAAACAGCGAAAGAAAGGGACAGGGAAUUGAUGCCUCCACCCCCUCUACCAGUUGCUUUACUGAAGGAUAAUGGAACUCCACCCCCACCAGAAUCAGAGUUACCUCCCUUACCCCCUGAGCCUCCUCCCCCACUCCCAGAACAUGAACCAGAGGAGGAGAUCCAGGAAGACAAUAAAAAGAAGAAAAAGAAGGCUCCCAAGCCCCCACCAGAAAUUGUUCUUACUCCUACCAACCCAGUGGGCAAAGCAAUAUUGGAAGCUACUUACCAGAAACUAGAAUAUCAGAAAAUCCAUCAUAUGAAUGUUCCCCCACCUCCCUUACCCCCUCUGCCACUUCCACCAACAGGUGUUCCUCCUCCUACAGGUGUACCUCCACCUACAGGAAUCCCACCCCCUACUCUACCCCCAUUGUCAUCAAGUGUCCAGAACAUGUCUGGGCCACCAACAACAUCAAUUAUGCCCAUGCCGGGGCCGCCUCCUCCUUGCAUGCCUAUGCCAAGGCCACAAUCAGGAAUGCCCCCCAUAUCAGGGCCUCCUCCAAUGUCCGGUACCACACAGACUAUGCCCAUGCCAGGGCCUCCACAAUCAGGUAUGCCUCUCCUGGGGCCUCCUCCAAUGCCUAUCCAGGGCAUGCCACCACAAUCCAUGCCAUUGCCCAUGCAUAUGGGUCCGGGUUCAGAGGGACCACCCCCAAUCCAGGGACCCUCUCAGAUAACGCCCAUGGAGGACCAGCGGCAUAGACCACACAGACAAUACCCAGACAAAGGAUAUGCUGGCAAGGCCCAUUGGGAGGAUACAAGUUUGGUAGAUGAGGCCUUGACCUUGCCAUUAGAGGACCAGGAUUUCAGAGAUCGUGACUUCAGACAUGGGGAGGAUGUAGAUGAAAGGAAACGACCAUGGAAAGGCCAUAGACAGAAGUUUCCCCCACCCUGGGCCCAGGAUGUGGACCACAGACACCCGAAGGACACGGGUCCCCCUCCCGUGAUGUCGGAGGACAGGGACUUCCGACACUACUCCCACAGCAGAGACAGUGAUUACAGAGACUAUACUGACGACAGCAGACUAGAAUACACGGAAGACCAAGACUACAGGGCACAGGAACGAGGGCAUCAUCGGAGGCGGAAAAAACGACGGGGAGGCAGCCCAGAGACGUCGUCCUACAAAAAAUCCCGGCAACAAGAGAGAGACGGGCACUAUCACGGCAAAGGUGGUGACACUGACAAAGUAAAGACAGAGGAGGAACAGGGUUCUCAAGAAAAAGUGGGAAAUGAAUUACCCAAACCUGUUCCUCCACCGGGAGUGGUUUCUACGGAAGAGGACCCACCUGUGGGAAAGCCGGGGUCCUCUCAUCAGAAAUCCGCCCCUCCCAGGGUCCAGCCUGCCCCUCCCGGGGUAGAUGACUGGAAAUAAUGGCCAUUGUCUCUGUAUAAUGUUUGUUCUUUUUAAUUGUUGUGAAAGCUGUUUUGAACAACUGUGCAUAUAGUAUUAUUUUUAAUUCUACCUAAUUAUAAAUGUAUUUAAUGAUCUGGAAGACUAGCAUCGUUUUGGAUCUUUUUAGCCAUACAAGUGCAAUUUUUUGUGCAACUCCAGGUUUUUGUGUCGGGAGAAGCAAAUUUGGGGAAAUUCUAUUUGAAAGCUUGUGUCUUACAACCUGUGCACAGUUUGUGUUUUUUGAGGUCUGUCAUGAAUGAGCUCUUCUGACAGCGGUUUGAUACAAUCAUGAGACUAUAUUUUUACUGUCGGUAUCAGUCACCUGUUGUGAUGCCCCUGCUAUCUUUAUAACAUACUCCUGUAAGGGUGAACACUUAUAUACUCCAUCAUUGUGGUUUUUUGUUUUUUUGUUGUUUUUUUUUUUUUAAAUCUGCUCGUAUGGUGAACUCGUACUCUGCAUUUGGUGUUGAGUUUUAAAUGCUCUGUGACUGGAGCAAUGGGAUAGCAAUGAAAGGUAAGAUUCAUUCAUGUGGAAAUUUUACUGGCAUCAGCAUUCUCUGGUCCUGAUAGGCAAUCUAUGAGCAGACGUCACUGGUGGAAUGCCUUUAACACGGCUGCUGUGGUGUUCAUUUUGUGCUGCUCCCUAGUUGCAGCUGAAGAAUGGAAUAGAAUGUAUUUUGUUUAAAAUGACCUUGGAGCCUUCUUGAUGUGAAAUAUUGGUGUUCUCUCAUUAAAACUCUUAUGUAAUACCCCGAUAUAUUAUGAUUUGCCCAACAGCAAUGUAUAUGUAUUUGAAUGUAAAACCUUCAUAAGAAAAAUCAAUGAUUAAAACUUGGCUUUUUUCAACAUUCAUGUAAAGUCAAAUCAAUAUUGCCUAUUGUCUCAUUAGCCAUAAUUGUUUACCAUUUGCAUAGAACUUGUUGUCCUUUCAGUUCUAUACGUGGUAAUGGAUAAGAAUUAUCACUUUGUAGGAUUAAACCAGCAUGGACUCCCAUCCUGCUAAUGUAUGCCUACUACCUUACCCCCUACAAUCAGUUGUGUCCAAGGCUUUGUUUUCUGUUUAUUGUUGUUGAUGAAUUAGUUUCAAUAUUGAAUGGAGUAAUUGUUACGAUAUUUUUAGUUGCAGUGAUUGGUUUGAAUGGAAUAAAAACCAGUCUUCUGUUA